AAACAAACACAAAUUAUUCAUGAUUAAUUCAUUUAUUGUCCGUCUAUCAAAUAUUACAGCAACCAACCGGACAAACAGCAGCACUAGUGAGACUCACAAUUUGGGUUCUUUUGUUGGCUCAUUGUUAACUGUGGUUUGAACGGAAAAUUCCGCGCGGAAAUGAGCCGGUUUGGAGACUUCCUGGAGUGCACCGUGUUUGACACGUUCAACUUGUAGCUAUUAGUUUACUUCAGUCAGAGUAGCAAAAACGGAAAACGCGUCGCAAAAAUCGGACAGAAAUAACAACAUAAGCCUUCGGGCUGGAAGAGAUGUGGUUCGCACCGGGCUCGAAGCAUCUUAUCAUCUUGAUGGCACUCUUCUUUUCCUAUAUUCUACUUGGCGCAUUGAUAUUCCAAGCGCUCGAAGCUACAAAUGAAGACGUCGAAAGAAUUGAUAUGACAGUUACCAAAGAAAGAUUUAAAAAGAAGUAUAAUAUUAGCGAGGAAGAUAUGAAAAUCUUCAUGCGAAAAAUCGAGGACGUUAUUGACCAUGGGUACAGUGAGAAAUGGGUGCGGAGGUGGUCUCUUCUGGGCUCGGUGUUUUUCGCGGGCACUGUUGUCACAACCAUAGGGUAUGGUCACGUGACACCAUGCACAGUUUCCGGUCGAAUCUUUUGCAUAUUUUAUGCGCUCAUCGGGAUACCGCUGACCUGGUUGAUGCUAUCAACGCUGGCUCAGCAAAUCAACCAUUGGAUCCACCAGGCGAUUUCAUUCAUCUACGAGCGAUGUUUGAAUCGUACGCCAUCUAGAAUAGCUGCGAUGUGUACAUUCAUAAGCGCGCUGAUAAGUACCGUCAUGAUCCUCAUCAUAGCUACGCUGGCGUACUUCCUGGAGGGAUGGUCCUUUAUUAACGGAAUCUACUUCGGAUUCAUCACUCUGACAACGAUAGGAUUCGGGGAUUUUGUCCCGCUGCAUCCGUCGCCCGACCGCGAUCCCGAGGGAUAUCCGACGCGCGUCGUACUAUUCACGAUUACAAGCAUCAUAUAUUUCACGAUCGGUCUUGCUGUCGUGUCCAGUGUGUUGAUAUCGUUCCGUAAUGCGAUGGAGGAGAGAUACAUUGACGGGUUUCAGAUUAUUAAAGAUCAAAGUGAAGAGGAGAAGAAUAAGAGGAAGCUUCUGCCGCGCUAGUUGAUAGACUGCGUUACUAUUUGUCACGCUAAUUGUUGAUUUAUGCUAACUAACGUGACGUUUCUAGACUGCCAUCGUGACUAUGAUAAACUGCGUUACUCGUGUCACGCAAGUCAAUUAACUUUGACUGAUGAACAGAUUCUGCGUGACUUACGUCCGGAACAAAAGAAGCUGCUUUGAAUUGAAUGGGAAUUGAUAUAAAUUGGCUAAACUCAAUCAAGAACUUAGAGCAUCGCGCAACAAAAAUAGCAAUAAGUAAUGCAAUACCACCUAAAUAGUCUCCUUCACGGUUUCCAUACGCCAACCUGGAAGGUA